AUGGCCGCUGCCGCGCACGCUCCCGUGAGUCAACCGCGCGGACAGAGCUGGCGCCGUCCGCUGCGCUGGUCGUCGCCGCACCACUUCCCGGCGCCUUGCAUAGAGCAGCCCACGGGGAAGAACACGUGGUUUGCCUCGUCGUCUUCGCGAGAGAAGGCGCCUGCCACCCGCCAAACGAUCGCCAAGCCACAUGGCAUGCCGUGCCAUACGAUGGCUGCAGCGCUUCGUCUCUGUCGGAACGCCGCUGACGCCACUACGCUGAGCUGGACGCCGCAUCCGUACAGCGGCUCUCCUUGUCACUCGCGAUCCAAAGAGCACCGCUGUCGGCGCCUGCGCGAGCCGGCGGUGCCGGUGUCGAGACGUGCGAGGCAGCAACGCACACCGAAGCCAUCGCGCCUUCUGCUCGACGUGAAGCAGGCAGCUUUCGGUCGUCGUCGCGAUGCAGAGCAAGAAGUUGUCACCGCUUCAAACCCCACUGUAUCAGAUGCGCACAGCAGCGACCGACCGACCGACCGCCUGACUUGA